UCCCAUGGACAUGGGAUGCACAUUGCCUUGCAGGCCCUUGAGAAUGAGGACUGUUCGCAGGAGCAGGUGAGACUCAGAGCUCAGGUACACCAGCUGGAGACGCGGGUCAAGCAACAACAGGCCAUGAUCGAACGGCUCUUGCAUGAGAAGGAAGUCCAGUUCCUGGAUAAAGGCCACGAGGACAGUUUCAUUGACCUUGGAGGCAAGAGGCACUAUGCAGAUUGUUCAGAGGUUUACAAUGAUGGGUUUAAGCAGAGUGGAUUUUACAGAAUCAAGCCUCUCAAGAGCCCGGCAGAUUUCUCUGUAUAUUGUGACAUGUCUGAUGGAGGAGGAUGGACUGUAAUUCAGAGACGAUCUGAUGGCAGCGAGAACUUUAACAGGGGUUGGAAUGACUAUGAAAAUGGCUUUGGAAACUUUGUCCAGAACAAUGGUGAAUAUUGGCUGGGAAACAAGAACAUUAACUUACUGACUAUGCAAGGAGACUACACUUUAAAAAUUGACCUGACAGAUUUUGAGAAAAACAGUCGUUUUGCACAAUACAAAAGUUUUAAAGUUGGUGAUAAAAAGUCUUUUUAUGAACUGAGUAUUGGAGAAUAUUCUGGAACAGCUGGAGACUCCCUUUCAGGGACUUUUCACCCUGAAGUGCAGUGGUGGGCUAGUCACCAAAGAAUGAAGUUCAGCACAUGGGACAGAGAUAAUGACAACUACAAAGGGAACUGUGCUAAAGAAGAGCAGUCUGGCUGGUGGUUUAACAGGUGUCACUCUGCCAACCUGAACGGUGUGUACUAUCAGGGCCCCUACACAUCAGACACUGAUAAUGGCGUUGUCUGGUACACCUGGCACGGGUGGUGGUACUCCCUGAACUCUGUGGUUAUGAAGAUUAGGCCCAACGACUUCAUUCCAAAUAUCAUUUAGUUGUCUCCCACUGGGCUCUCCUUUCUGUAAUCCAUUGCGGUUGGAAAUAUUUGAAAAAUACAAUUCUGAGUAA